AUGGAGGUGCAGGGCGAAGACCUCGACCCGACAACGUUCAGACCCAAGUUGCCUGUGACUGCAAGCGAUGUCCAAGUUACUACUCUGCCGUCGAGCAGCUCCGAGGCCACCCCCACGAGCAUCUUUGCCGAGGCGACGACAGAGCCCCUGCCGUCUAGCACACCUAAGACGCCCACUACUACAGAUUCUCCUGUGACGAAUGACACCACUGAAGCUACAUCUACGCAGGAGACUACAGUGGCCACAGCGGCGCCAACGACCACAUCGACGACCGUGAAACCGGCGCCGAAGCUCUCCAACGUGUCGGCCCCCUGCUCCGAGCGGCUGGGGACAUUCAUGCGUCGCAUGCUGCGAGGCUUCCCAUCCCGCCUGCCCGAGCUCUGGGAAUUCCGGCGCCGACGAUUUCUGCGUGCCGCGGUUGUCGGUGGCCUGCCACAACUGGGUGUGGAACGCAUGCAGGUCAACUGCAAUUUGAGCUCGGCGCACACAACGUGGAACGUGAGGCUCCGUGCCCAGCUCGAUGGUAUCUGUAACCUAGGCAUCACGGGCCUACCACGAAUGUACCUGCGCUUCACCGGGCCUGUGGUCGCCAACGCGCGCUUUGGGGCGCUGCUGUCGGACGACUCAAAGCCUCAGCUAGACGAGUUGCAGAUCUUGUCGGCCGACGUACAGGAGAUCCACUACCAGAGUGUGUUGGGCUUCGAGCAGCCAUUCGUGGAACGAGCUUCCAAGUACCUCCUCCAGAGAGCGCUGCGCGAGGAAGUGCUCGGACCUAUACGAGAGGCCAUCAACGCGGAGAUCGAGAACCCAAGCCCUGACCCGCCAGCCGCAACAGAAGAUACCACUUUCCCUUGACAGAUGCAUUUCAUAUA